GCACAGGUGGACGGGGCGGUACAGGAGGCGCACCUGUGGGACAACACGUGCCGUGCGAAGGCCACAGAAGCGCAAAGGCGCCAAGGUGGCUACGACAAAGAAGAUAAGGCUGCUAGGGCAUAUGAUAUUGCAGCUCUGAAGUAUUGGGGUGAUAAUGCUACUACUAACUUCCCCUGCACCACCAACAUGGACGCUGGCAGGCAAGAAUCGGCCGUGUUGCAGGAACAAGGAUCUGUAUCUUGGGACUUUCGCAACCGAACAAGAGGCUGCAGAGGCGUACGACAUCGCGGCACUGAAGUUCAGGGCGAGAACGCCGUGACCAACUUCGAGCCCAGCCGGUACAACCUGCUAGCAGUCGCUCAACGAGAAAUCCCCAUCCUCGGGAAGAAGCUGAUUCAGAAGCCAGCUCCGGAGGCAGAAGACCAGGCCGCUCUGAGCGCUCCUUCAUUCUCCCAGUCCCAGCAGUCGAGCAACAGCCUGCCACCGUAUUUCCUCACCAACCUCCUGCAGCCGCUGCCGUCUCAGCCCUCGCUAGCUCAGCCUCUGCCGAGCUACAACAACUUGGGGUUCGGGGAGCCCAGCUUCUACCGGCCCUGGCCCUGGCCCUGCCCCUGGGGUAACCCAGAGCAGAAGGUGCAGCUUGGCAGCAAGCUGGAAAUCGUCAACGGUCUCAUGCAGCUGCCCAACUCUGCUGUUAACUGA